UCCGUCAGUUAGCUUCACAGUAGCGGUGGUGCUGGUGGUUGUGGUGCUGGUGCUGCUGCUGCUGAGAACCAAGUAGGAGAACACCUCGUCCCCGAUGGUCUUAGACUGAUCCCUGCCAAAACCCGGCACCAGCACCCGCUCGGGCCACACGACAGAAUGCCCCGGCGACGUGUGAUGUGAAGAGUCGACGAAGCAAGAAGGCUUAGUCAAGUCGGGACUUUUUUUUUUUUUUUUUUUUUUAAUAAAGCGGCGACCUUCCCUAAAAAUAAAAAUUAAAAAGGCUCAUGAUGUUGCAAGUGUUAGCUUGUGGCGCCGUAGUUUUUCCCGGCUUGUUUUUCGCCUUCAGGAAGAUCCUGCCCCGAGUUUUCAAGCAUUGGAGCGAUGCCGACGUGGUGCUCGUUAGCGAAAGAUUGGUGUCUUCCAUCCAUGCCGUCAUGGCAACCACAGCAGGAGUCGUCGUCGUGAUGUCGUGCAGGGCAAACGUCAUCGAUGGCAGGCACUGGCUGGCCACCCACUUUGUCAUCUGGUUCGGCGUGCCCUACAUGACGUAUGACCUCCUGGCCAUGUACCUCAGCCACUACCACCGCUUCCGCGUCAGCGGGCACGAGGAGUACAAGCGCCACUCGCUGGGAACGGUGAACGCUUUCGUCCGUCGGGAGUUCCUGCUGGUGCUGCAUCACAUCGCCCUGCUCACCAUCCUGCUGCCCGUCACGUUGUUCUUCCGCAAGGACCAGGGUGAUUUCUUCAUCGGCUGCUUGUUUCUAACCGAGCUCAGCACGCCCUUCGUCUCUCUGGGCAAGAUACUAAUUCAGCUGGGUCUCCAGGAUGGUUGGCUGCACAAGUACAACGGCGGCAUGGUGCUCCUCACCUUCUUCACAUGCCGCAUCGCCCUCUUCCCCUACAUGUACUGGGCUUACGGCCGCCACUACGGCAUCCCGCUCUACGCCGUGCCCUUCCACCUGUCGCUCGCCGCUAACCUGGGCAACUUCUGCAUCCUGGCGCCGCAGGUCUACUGGUUCGUCCUACUGUGCCGAAAGGGCUACCGCCUGUACCAGCGCAGUCGGCGGCCGCCCGCGCCGCCUGUUAAGGACCAGUGAUCACUGGUUGUCUAAGACGCGCCCUAACAUAACUACUGUACUUCUCAUAAUCCGACCUCCCGCCAUUGUACUGUAGUCCAGGAGGACCGCUGGUGUCUACCCCACCCCAACCACUGCACAAUUUCACCCUACCAGUUUGGAAUUUGAUGCUAACAGCGGACCUCUCCCAAGAAACUACUACUGAUUUUUGGCAUUUUGAGCCUGGUCCGGCUGUGGAUCUUGCCGAGCGUUCACACCAACAGGAAGUGUAGAAAACGCGUGGUGGACACAAUCAUUCUCAUUUUGCUGUGAAGGUCUUUGAGGGUGCGAGCAAGUGGCCGCUACUACAGGUAUUUAUUUGUGUUUUGUAUUUUAGUGGUGGUUCUGAGUCACUCAUUUGAUCAAUAUGCGUAUCAAUCGUUGGUUUUAUUUUCAAUUGGCUUUCCAAAAAUGAAAAAGUGACUCAUUAGUUUUUUAUUCUGACUCAAUAAAUAAAAAUAAACUGUUACAGAUUUUUCAGAUAGGCUUGGAUCAAAAAUGCAAACCUGAAUAGAAAAUGAAUAAAAUAUAUAUAACACAAGAUAAGCGGCGUAGGAAAUUAAUGGCUGCAAGAUAUUUUAGCUUGUUCCAACGCCCCAAUCAUUCAACUGAUGCACAGAAGCAGUUCCUGUAUUAUUAUGCAAUAGUUGAAAAAAAACAAUGAAAAUAUUCUCAAUUCGCAUUUUCCUCCUCUAAAAAAUACAUAAUGCUAUAUUACUGGUGGAUCGCGGUCUUGUUCCGAACAGAUUGUGGCGGCUACCAAAGUAAUGCAAGCUAACGUAAUUUGUAAAUUUCAUUGCCAUCAAACAGUCUUGGAGCCCGAUUUUGAUAUGUGAUCUGAGCCUGAAACUCAAUGAUGAAAAAUCUGUAAUUUUUAUUAUUUUAUUUUUCAAAUUUAAAACACAAAAUAUACACAGUUUAAUCGCACAGAAAAGAGGUUCUCUGAACAGUGCUUAGGCAGGCAGUAUUAACCGGAGAUGAUGACGUGCGAGCAUCCAGCGUACGGUAUUAGCUCUGUAUGCUAGGCACCUCCGUCGUCCAUAGAUUGUUACAUGAAGGAUAGUCGAAUUUUAACGUGAAUGAUCCACUGGAAAGAUAGAUAAGUUUUCACUCUACAGUCAGCCGGUGCCUCAAGAGACGAGCAAUAAGGUGAGCUAGCGUUAGCCGGUUAGCGCAAGUGACCGGCGAGAUUUUGAGGGCUUUAUACACUUUCAGGUUUUUAGAGAUUUACAUCAUCGCAAAUAUAUCUUAACAUAUAAACUACUUGACACAAAAGGAAUCUUAUUAUUCUCAAUCAUUAGCCCCUUUUACCGCGCCUCUACAAUUCUGCGUUUUCCCGCCUUUCCACCCCCAUCCAAGAUGCUCUUCUGGAACUAGACGGUGAUGAAAUUGACUCUGCAAUGUUCCACCUUCAAGGUACAAUCGGAGCCAUAAGAGAGCAAUAUCCUACUGGGUUGUGCAAAGGCAGAUUGUGUUCAAGAAGCUAGUAGCUACUGCUAACCAUCGUAGAUUAGAACUUUGACUUUCAUAAGAAUGCUGCACUGUUUAUUUGUAACAUGACCAAGACACUCAGUCUGUUGUGUACUGUAAAGCUUUAUAGAUGACAAAUUGACUCAGAAUACGUUAGCGUGCUUUGUAUUUCACUUAAUUCCCCCGGAAAACUGGAAUCUAUGCAAAAAGAUGGCCACGCUGCAUGUUUACAAGACCGACGUCACGUUAAAUUGGUUUUAAGUCCUGCCCCGGUGUGUGUAGUUUAGUGGUUUAUUUGUUGACAUAUUUCCACUCCUCUUACCACAUUGCAUUCCAGGUGAAAGAUUUGAAAUUGUUCUUAAUGGAAUCUUGUUUGCGCUCGCUAAGAAGAUGGUUCAAGUAGCCAUAGCCUUAUUAACCAUAAUAUAUGUAUUUGUUUUAGUUUUAAAUAUUGCUGAAAAACAUUUUUGCUUUGUACUUUUUUGUCGGUAUUUAAAGCACGUGGAAAAGCAGAGUUGGAUUAGUCAAAUAAGUGGUGCUAACAUGAAAAUGUAGAUGAAAUCGCAAAUGAGGCAAAUUUUUUCCCUUCCCCCUGUGUGACGAUAAUGGUGCACAACAGUUUGACAUUUUUAUUUAACACAUCAGGCCCUUUGGAUUAAUAUUCCGAGUAGCUGUGCUCGGUGGGUAUUACAUUUCUAUACUAUGCACGUUUUUAAUGUUA